UCCAAAUACAAUUAAAUAUAUAAAUACAAAAUAAUUGAGCUCCUAAUCGGGGUUUUUUUAUAAACUAUUUAUUUAUUUAAUUUAUUUGGAAAAUAACAACACAAAUAAUUAAUAAUAAUAUGGGGAUAUCUAAAACUAUUAAAGUUAUUUUCUCUCUGGCUCUUGUGGUGUUCUUGGCUCUAGCAGCAACCAAGAUAGAGGCAAGAUACAUAGAUUAUGGUGCCCUUCAUCAUGGAGAUCCCAGUUUCGGUUGUAGUAAACUACACCCUCAAUUCUGCAAGAAGCAAGAAGCCAAUCCAUAUGCGAGAGGUUGCGAGACUGUAGAACGUUGCGACCGUGGCCAGAAAAAGUGAAUCAACCAAGUUAGAGCAUCACUUUUUGGUUUAUUUUGAAAAUGGAAACCAUAUAUUAUCAAAUGAU